AUGGAAGCUGUUCUAUUCAGGCGUCGAUAUCACGACUCGCGCUCAGGCUGGUGUUGGCGUUCUAGUACAAUCGAUUGGAAGCCUGCCAGCGGAAAGAUGGUAAUCUUCCGACUGAAGCUACAACAGGCUAAAUCGAUGACCUUGGCACAGGUCUAUGCGCCCAAUUUAAAGGAAAAAUGUGAGACCUUACUUGACGAAGCGCAGUGUGCUCUGUCUGAAGUGCCGAAUACUGAGUCCCCCAUAUUGAUGGGCGAUUUUAAUGCGCACGUCGGAGUAGACGUUGAAAAGUGGACGGCGUGA